CUUUCUCCUUCUUUAAAGUGCAAUCCGCAGCGCGAGUGCGUGUCGCUGAGAUAUCAGUGAGGAAGUUGGCAGCUACGAGGGAUGAAAAAAGACGGGUAGAGAGAGAAUGAGAGAGAGAGAAUGAGAGGGAUGGUCCGGCGCCGGCUGCGGGCUGUUUUUUCCCCCUUCCUUUUUUUCUCCAGUUGGCUUCUAUUCAAAUUUGGGUCAGGGGUGAGAUCUCGACGUCACAAGCUUGCAAGAUGGCGCUGGGAAGGCUGUGAGAUGAGAGGGUGGUAAACCGAGAAAGCGCUUACAGAUGUAUUAAGGUGGCACAGGUGUGAGAAGAGGUGGAAAUGGAACUGCCAAAUCAUGCCAAACAAUUGCUGCUGCAGCUAAAUCAGCAAAGAGCCAAAGGGUUUCUCUGUGAUGUCAUCAUAGUGGUAGAAAAUGCACUUUUUCGAGCCCACAAAAAUAUCCUGGCAGCCAGCAGUAUCUACUUCAAAUCCCUGGUUCUUCAUGAUAAUUUAAUCAACUUGGACACUGACAUGGUAAACCCAUCCGUUUUUCGGCAGAUUUUGGACUUUAUUUACACUGGCAAGCUCUUAUCAGCAGACCAGGCAAGUGAACAGAACUUCAAUGCCCUUCUUACGGCAGCUAGCUACCUCCAACUCCAUGACCUGGCUGCUCUGUGCAGAAAAAAAAUAAAGCGCAAUGGCAAACCCUUGCCAACCAAACAUACCACCCCACAUCCUGGGAGACCUCAUCGAAACCAGAGACUAUCCUCGACCCCUGUCAUACAAAAUCGAUAUUCAGGGUCAAAAGACAUUGAGAAGAAGAAGAUUACUGAAGAGCUUUUCAAAGACAGACUCUCUGAUGAUGAGGUCUAUGUCACUGGUUCAAACCAAGAAGGCUUGAGCUCCCUGCAUGGAGUAGCCAGUAAGCAUGGAAGCAAUGGUAACAUCAGUAGUAUUGGAGAUCAAGGACUUGGCCUUGACUUGUCAAAAAAGAGUCCAUCUGUCUCUGUUACCCAUGAAGAGGUCAGUCCCAAUGAAAACCAACAGGAAUCCCCCCAAUCUGCCUCAGCAUCCUCAGCCAACAGUGCCUCUUUUGAAGACUCCACUGCAAACCCUCAAAGUGUAGAAGGUGGAGACUCCAUGGAAAUAGAUGGGGGAGAUGAGAACCAGUCUUUACCUGACACAGGACAGCGUAAAAGCUUGCAUCACUUAGCCAUGAAGAAAGAAUGGCCAAAGAAGGAAAAUGCAUAUGAGAACAGCAAAGGUGAUGAGGAGGGUACCAUCCCAAAUGGUGUGAUUGUUGGCCCCAAGCUGACUGAUAAAUCCAACUGUGGUUAUAGCUCUGAGCAUUCCUUUCAGUGCAAGGAAGAUGAUGUGGAGAAUGGAAAGGACAUUAGUGAUGAGAGUGGACAUAGCGAGUCUGAAAGCGGGCACACAAGUGCCAAUUAUGUGUACCGGCAGGAGGGAUUUGAGCCUGUUGCUUAUGGUGACAACCUUUAUGUUUGUAUCCCAUGUGGUAAAGGCUUUCCCAGUUCGGAGCAGCUUAAUGCACAUGUUGAAACUCACACGGAGGAAGAGCUUUACAUCAAGGAAGAAGAUUCCUAUAUCAAAGACGAAGCUGAAGACCUUUCCACCCAAAACCCAUCAUUUGGUAAUGAGCCCAGACCGUUCAAAUGUUCGGUGUGUGAAAAGAGCUACAAAGAUCCGGCCACACUGCGUCAGCACGAAAAAACCCACUGGUUGACACGACCCUUCCCCUGCAACAUCUGUGGUAAAAUGUUCACCCAGCGUGGCACCAUGACGCGGCACAUGAGGAGCCAUCUGGGCUUGAAACCUUUUGCCUGCGAAGAGUGUGGCAUGCGCUUCACCAGGCAGUACCGACUGACAGAGCACAUGCGAGUUCACUCAGGUGAAAAACCAUAUGAAUGUCAACUUUGUGGUGGGAAAUUCACCCAGCAGCGCAACUUGAUCAGUCAUCUACGGAUGCAUACCUCUCCAUCAUAAGCCAAAGACUUUAAGAGCGAUUUAUUUUCUUCUUCUCCCUUCUUUCUUUUCCCUCCCUUUUCUAAGACUUUUCUCUCUAACAUCUGCAGUGGGCAAAAAAAAAAAAACCAAACCCUUCCUCUGUAGAUGUUUGUGAAGGUCAUGUUGCUUGACAAAGAACUUUAGGUAUGCUUAAAUGACUCCUGUUCCAUGUUUUAGUACAUGCUGUGAAAGCUAUAUAGGUUCUGAAAUUGCAUCACGGCCACUUUGGAUGUACAAUUUUGGUCAUAACUCCUCCCCCAAUUCAGUCUCGCCAAUCAGUCACGAUUCUUCUGCGGUUCGUGUCUACAAUGUUGUUGUGGUUGUCAGCUGUUCAACAUGAAGGCCAUCUCUAUAACCCCUUGGAAAACUGUUAACCAUACCCAUCCACCAUUCCGUGUCUUGGCAUGAGUGGUGUGAUUUACUUACUGGUCUAGGGUCAACUUAAUAGCAGAAGAUGGAUAUAAAUUAUGUUAAGGCCAUGAAACCAAAGCCAGUCACUUUAUUUUUUUUUUUUUGGUUUAACUUGAAAUUGUAUAAACAGUUAAUUUGGUUCAUAUAUUACAGCUAAGAAAAUACAUAUCCCCCAUUUAUUGUGGAGUGCAAUGAAUUCCCCUACACUUUAUGAAAGACAUGUCACAUUGUGACUUUCAUGUCGGAGCACUGCUUAAUUCUUCUCAUUUUGAUCAGGGGUGUCAGGGAUGGCUUUUCAUGAGUGGGCAGAAUUUUUGUUCUUUUUACACUUUUUUCAGUGGCUGAGGGGGAGGAAUAAUUCUUUAAUCUUGAGGUACUUUGUUUAUUAAAGGAAAGAUGUAAUGUUUAUUUGAAUGUUUAAACUGGAAGGUUUGGGGAUAUCCUUGGUUAGGGGUUGUUUGACACAGGCUGAACUUGUUCCAAUUUCUGUAGGUACUCUUUGGUGUACUUGGUGUUCCUCCCCUCACUUAAUAUCAAGCCAUGUUGUGAAUAUGGGCUUGAAACCUUGCUACCUCUUAACAGUACUUAAGAACAAUAAACUAUGACUGGUGGACAUCUUUGUUGGGGAAAGGGAUGGGGUGGGUGGGGGAGGAUGGUUAGUGUAAUUAUGUGUACAAAGUAUAUAAAGUACAAGAAGUUUAAGAGAAUGCUUUAGUUUGCCCAUCUUUCAUCAAAGGUUUUGUCUUGCUAUUUUACAAAUAUGUAGUAUUAUAUAUAUAUAUAUUUUUUUUUUUUUCCCCUCUCUCUCCCUUUUCCCCCCCAAACUCCUUCCUUAUACCUUUUUGGGUAAGCAGGUUGGAGGUGUAUCUUUCUAAUUUGUACUGUAAUAACCUGAAACACAAAGAAAACUGCAGAACUUGUUAGAUUAAGACCUAUUUAGUCCAAAGAGCUAAUGCACGCCAGCAAAUAAACGCAAAAAAUAUACUACUUAUAGGAGCUUGGAACCAAAGUUUUAACAUACCUGAACACUGAACAGUCUAAUCAGAAACCUUAUGCUUUUGUCGUUUUUUUACUAAGCAAUCCAGUUUCUUCCAUUUAUUUAAAAGAAAGUAACCGAACUGAUGUUUUUUAGCUGAGUCAGUCGCCACACUUACAACCAAUGAAAUGGUUAUUGAUCUGCAAGUGAAACUUCUGUUGAAUGGUGGGCACCUAAAACUGUAACAUUUUUUGCAGUUGGUUGGAUGUUUACAAGAAAGAUGUAUUUUUGUUUGCCUGUUUAACAAAAUUCCCCUCGCUCCGUUCGUCUGAGACCAAAAAUUUUAGUAAACUAAAGUUUAAGUAGUAAAGUGUGAUUCUUAAAGCUUCCACUAAGGGAGUCUGAACAGAACAGGGCAGGACCAGAUGAUGGGUGCAGUGGUAGUUGGGCUGAGGAGGUGGAUAGAGAGUUAAUCCAAAAUUUUUUUUUUUUUUUGGGGAAAGGUCAAUAUUCAGUGGGCAUGGUGCCAUAAGGUAUAAGGUUUGCCACAUCAAAGUUGGGUGCGAGUUUCCUUGGAUGCAGAUUUGGCAAAAGUCUGUGGCAGGCAGAUGUCUUAAUAUUGUUGUUUUAACAUGGGAAGGGGUCUUUAAUACCUCUUGCCAAAAUGGACAAGUCAUGCUAUUACUGCAAAGAAAUAUCUGGUUGUAUUCCAGUAUAUAAAUUAUGUAAAUGUGCUGGAUUUGGUGGAGGCAUUGCUUUUGCUUUAUUGUAUUUACCCCACCUUUUUCACUCACUUAAACCCUCACAAUAAAUUUUUUUGUGCAGGAAGUAGGUGGGUUUGGUUCCAGUAAUUAUCAAAAUUCAGUAUAUUUCUUUGGGGGUAGGAUUAUAAUUUUAUUUUUUAUAAUUUAAUGAAACUGAGUCCUGGAAUGGUUUUUAAUCAAGCCAUCUUUCAGACACUACAUAGAAUAGACGUUCUGCUUGUGCCUGCUUCCAGCAUGCUUGGAACUGGCUUGAAACAUAUUUCUACAUUUGAUAUUUUUAUACUUUUUUUUUUUUUUUUCCACUUACUGUUGCUGCUUUUUGUAUAUACUGAAGAAUAUUAAAUAAUUUGCAUCACUGCUAUGGCCCUAGUCUCCUCCCUAAUAGUAGUGGUACUGCAUCAUCUUCACUACAUAUCUAUUUGUUAGCUUUGCACCCUGGUGACCUUUUUGAGGCAGUCCUGCAUCCUUAGCACAGCCCCAGCCCAAAAAGCAGAACUGUGUGUAGUUUUUUUUUUUUUUUUUUUUAAAUAACCAUUUCAGUGAGUCAGUGACUCAGAAUCAUAUUCUUAUUUUAAUAUUUUUUUUUUUUUUGUCUCAGCACUUAAAGCAGUUCAGCAAAACGUCUGUGAAAAGCAAGGGUAUUGUAAGGCUUAUAUCCUUACAUCUAAGAAAGUAGGAGCAACUGCAGUAGAGCAAACUAUUAAAGGAAGAAAAAAGAAAAUUCCAAACUGUGACAGUAAUAAUAAUACUCAAGCUUCAGGGAUGGUCUGGCACUCUAUGGUGCAUGACUCUCAACUACAUUUGUAAGACAUAGUAUUGUAGCGAACGUUUUCUGUAUUUUAAUGAUGAAAAGGAAAACACUAGUUUCUUAUUUAAGAUUUUAAGAGAGGGGGAGGGGGUUUACUUUUUCAAAUUAACGCGAAUCGCCUUGAUGAAAGGCGGGGCAGCUGAAGAUGAGGUUUAAAGAGGAAAAAAAAAAAAAAAAGUAGUGAGUAGUUCCAGAAUGUUUUCAGAAAAAUAGUAGCAAAGUUGUAUAAAGAAUUAAAGAAACGAGAAAAAAAAGCUCAUACCCAAAUCCACAAACUAUUUUUUAAACCAAAGCACAUUUGAAUGAGUAUGAAACCUUGCGUGGCUCAAAAAUGGAAAAAAAAAAAGAAAAAUUUCUUGUGUAUUUAUCUCAUUGUUUACAUAAACUUUUUACAGUUUCAGACCUCAGCAGUUGUGGGGACUGUUUGAAAUAUCUUGUUACUUUUCAGUAGAUUUCUGCCAAAAAAGAGGUGUAAAAGUGUGAUUGAGGGGAAGGAAAUCAAGGGGUGUGGGGUGGUUAUCCUAUAUACUUGCCCCCAUGUUCUGAAUGUUUUUAUUUUUAUUUUUUUAUUUGGUCUUUUUAAACGUAUUGUGUGUGGCACUGUUAAGUUUUUGACUGGCCAGAAUUUGUUUUCACCUUAACCUCCUCAAAAAAUAAAUUAUAAAGGGAAAGUUGUGACUUCAUGAAAGGUAACAUGAAUUUCAGCUGGCCCCACUUCUUACAAAGAUGGUGCAAACACUUGUUAACAGUGUUCUUUUUUUAUCAGAUGUUUUAUUAUUGUCAGUAAUGAAUGUAUUUAUUUCUCAGAACCUGUGUUCACACUUUUGCUAAGGAUUCAUUUAGUUUGUGAAAAAAAAGUGUAAGCCGGGUCUCCUGUUUAGUGUUUUUUGUUGGGUGUUUUUUUUUUGUUUGUUUUUUGUUUUUUUUGUUUUUUUUUUUUUUUUUAGUUAAAUAACAGGAUUUCAAACAUUAAAAGAUCUCAGAGACUCUAAGCAUAGCCAUACACCACAACCUGUGAAGUAAUUACAAAAAAUGGACUUUUUAUAUAGUUGUUUUAGUUUCUUUCUUAAUGAUAACAAACAGUUUUGUUUGUUCAAUUUAAUACCUUUAUCUUGGCUGAGUUGUGCACGUCCUGAACUUGGCUUUACUCUGCGUUGGUGGCACACGGCCCUGCAAUUGCUGGGAGUCUCCUUGUGUCAUUUGCUGUUAGAAUGUGACGACAAAUUCCAGGUCUAGGCAGCGUGUGUUGGUAUUUUUUUUUUUCUUUUGUCCUUUUUUGUUUUCUUUAUUAUUGAUUUCUCUUGUGAAAAGCAGGGGUGUUGCCAAGCAGUGACCGUCCAAGGCUGUCCAAUAUUUAACUGCAGAAAAUAAUGAACGUCACAUUUUUAAGAAGCCUCUUUUUUUUAUUAUUUUUAUUAACACUUCCAUAAACUGUACAAAUGUGGAUUUUAAUAGCUUUACAAAUGCACUUUUAAUACUUUAUUUUUUUACAUUGUUUUGAUUGUUUUAAGGCUUCGAACAAGUUUCAUUUUGCUUUCAAGUGUCAUUAUUUUUGUAUUUAAUUGGUUUAUUGUUACAAAGCUUUAAAAGGAAGGGGAGUUGCUUUAAACCAUUUAAAAGGCGCAAGUGGUUUCUGUUUUUGCUUUCUUUUAAACAAAAAGUAUGUCAUUAAGUGAUAUUCAUGUGUGAUUGGGAUGUGUUUUUAUGUCUAUACUAGCCCACAUCCCUCCUCCUCCUUCCACUUUCUAUUACCUUAAAAAAAAAAAAAAAAAAAUUACCAGUGCCAGUCUGCUGGUCAAACAUAAGUGCUUAAGUCCAUAUCCCUGGGCCACAGAGCACCUUUGUGUUCAUUAUGUGUCGAUUAGUUUGGUUCCAAGAAUGUGUACUUGCUUAUAUCCCUCAAUUUAGAAAACUUUUAAAGCAAAUAUGGAAAAAUUACUCUCUGUUGGUGGACAUGGACUACAUGUGAUCCCCAUCAUCCAUACAAAUGUAAUUAGACUAAUUUGUCAAUAAGUGCUCCUUGAAAUCCUUGCCUGAUUUUAAACAAAAUGGCAGAUACAAAAUGUUUUUUUUGUUUACUAAUCUACUUUAAAGCUAUAAGGGGGUCCUUAAAGGGGGUUUGAUGUGGCCUGGUUUGAAUGGUGUAGGGGGCUUAAUUUAGUACAUUUACUUUAACCAUCAGCAUGCUGGUGAUAUUUCUCUUAUUAGCUUGAGUCAUUAAAGCCAAAAAGCUUAUUACAUUUUUCUUUAUUUUUAUUUUCAAGUGACAGGAAAUUGUCAGUGAUAUUGAACCCACUACAUUUUGUUCCGUUUACUGAUCACCGUUUGAAUGUAAGACAAGCAUCCCGUCCUUCCUCUCCCCUGCCAUUCUUGCACAUAUCAAAGCCGAAUUGUAGAUUUUUUUUUUUUUUAACCCUCUUGUUAUAUUUUUCUUUACAUUUAAAACCUUGAAUAGUUGUUAUUCCAGGUAUGUUUAUAGUACAGUAUAUUAAGACAUUGAAGUUGACAAAACCAAUGCUUUGGCUGUCCAUUUGAGAGACUUCAUAACCCUUGAAUGUUCCUAACUGCCGGCAGCACCCCGGCAAAAGUUAAAAAAAAUAAAUAAAUAAAAUAAAAUAAAAAAAAAGUUCUGUUCCAACUCCUCAGAGAGCUUGAAUUCAGGUCAGGGCUGCAUAGUUUGUGCAGCUCAAAACUCAACGUGUCAUAGAAAAUAUAAUACAUUAGGAAAAAGUGUGCUGAUCUCAGCAUUCACAGUCUUGCAGUCUUAAUGUACAGCAAUGAGAAAACUGUUAUUUUAUGAUCUUUUCAUUAAAAGCUUGAUUGAAAAAAAUGAUAA